GGAAGGCUUCUGCUGGUUUCGGGGAAGGUGUUGUUAUGGCUGCUGCGCUUGCACCCCUUGGCGUAACUCUGCGAGAAGCCACCCAGCGAAAAUUGAGGAGGUUUUCAGAGCUGAGAGGCAAACCUGUGGCAGCUGGAGAAUUCUGGGACAUUGUUGCAAUAACAGCAGCUGAUGAAAAACAGGAGCUUGCUUAUAAGCAACAGCUGUCAGAAAAGCUGAAAAAAAAGGAGCUACCCCUUGGAGUUCAAUAUCAUGUUUUUGUUGAUCCUGCUGGAGUUAAAAUCGGAAAUGGAGGAUCCACACUUUGUGCCCUUCGAUGUUUGGAAAAGAUAUAUGGCAAUAAAUGGAAUUCUUUUACCAUCCUAUUAAUUCAUUCUGGUGGUUACAGCCAACGCCUUCCAAAUGCAAGUGCUCUGGGCAAAAUUUUCACUGCAUUACCUUUUGGUAACCCCAUUUAUCAGAUGUUGGAAUUAAAACUAGCCAUGUACAUUGAUUUCCCCUUGCAUAUGAAUCCGGGGAUUCUGGUUACCUGUGCAGAUGAUAUUGAACUUUAUAGUAUCGGAGAAUGUGAGUUUAUUAGAUUUGACAAACCUGGCUUUACUGCUUUAGCUCAUCCUUCUAGUUUGACUGUUGGUACCACACAUGGAGUAUUUGUCUUAGAACCUUUUGAUAAAUUAGAAUAUAGAGACCUUGAAUACAGGUCUUGCCAUCGUUUCCUUCAUAAACCCAGCAUAGAAAAGAUGCAUCAAUUUGAUGCUGUAUGUAGACCGGGAAAUAUUUCUCAACAGGACUUUGCUAGGGGUGAUACUCCCUCUCUUAAGUUAGACUCUGAGUAUGUCUACACGGACAGCUUGUUUUAUAUGGAUCAUAAAUCAGCAAAAAAGUUACUUGCUUUUUAUGAGAAAAUAGGCACAUUGAGCUGUGAAAUAGAUGCCUAUGGAGACUUUCUGCAAGCUUUGGGAUCUGGAGCAACUGUGGAGUACACCAGAAACACAGCAAAUGUCACUAAAGAAGAAGCAGAGUUGAUAGAUAUUAGGCAGAGAAUAUUUCAUCUUCUUAAAGGAACCUCAUUAAAUGUUAUUGUUCUUAAUAACUCCAAAUUUUAUCACAUCGGAACAACUGAAGAAUACUUAUUUCAUUUUACUUCAGAUAGCAGUUUGAAGUCAGAACUUGGCUUAGAGUCCAUAGCUUUUAGCACCUUUUCUGCAAUACUGGAAAGUUCUGGUAAUACAUCCUGUAUCAUUCAAAGUAUACUGGAUUCAAGAUGUUCUGUGGCAACUGGCUCAGUUGUGGAGUAUUCCAGAUUGGGGCCUGAUGUUUCAGUUGGGGAAAACUGCAUUAUUAGUGGUUGUCAUAUAACAGCAGCUGUUCUGCCUGCAUAUUCUUUUGUGUGUUCCUUAAGCUUGAAGAUGAAUGGACACUUAAAGUAUUCAACUAUGGCAUUUGGAGUGCAAGACAACUUGAAAAAGAAGGUUAAGACAUUGUCAGAUAUAAAGUUACUUCAAUUCUUUGGAGUCUGUUUCCUGUCAUGCUUAGAUAUUUGGAAUCUGAAAGUUACAGAGGAACUGUUCUCUGGAAACAAGACAUGUUUGAGUUUGUGGAAUGCUCGUAUUUUUCCAGUUUGUUGUUCUUUAAGUGAUUCAGUUACAAUAUCCCUAAAAAUGUUAAAUGCUAUACAGAACAAAUCAGCAUUCAGCCUGAAUAACUAUAAACUGUUGUCUAUUGAAGAAAUGCUUGUCUACAAAGAUGUAGAAGACAUGAUAACUUAUAGGGAGCAAAUUUUUCUAGAAAUUACUUUAAAUACAAAAAAACAGUCUGAUUUAGAGACAUCUUAAAUGUCCUACAACUUGGCAUUCUUGAUUAAGCAAGACUACAAAUAGAAGAGUUUUCUGUAGACUUUUGUUUUUUCAUUGAAGUGAAUCAGUGCAAAUUAUAUUAAAAAUUACUGUAACAUAUUAAUAACACAAAAAUAUGAAUUCUCCAUUUUUG